AUGUGGCGGAUAUGCAUUUUUUCCAUCGAUAUCAAAGUAUAUUACAAGUACAUUAGUAGAUCUACAAGUGUUAAAACUAAACCAUUUUCAAAACUAAUUUAGGGUACAUUUUUUUAAUAAAAAAAAUAUGAGACUUAAAUAUGUAAUCUAGCAAAUAAACGAAAAUGAUUUUGACAGGAAAGAGAUUCUAGUUAAAAUUUCAUCUAUUCUGGUUGGUGUAACAAUCUAACAAUGUCGCAAAGUACAAAGAUGAAAGGCAAGUCUCCCCUGAGGAUAAAAAUAAUUAGCAUGGGGAAUGCUGAAGUUGGAAAGAGCUGCAUCAUUAAAAGAUACUGCGAAAAGAGAUUUGUCAAUAAAUAUUUGGCCACAAUUGGAAUAGAUUAUGGUGUUACAAAGGUCUCACUGAAGGACAGAGAUAUAAAAGUGAAUAUUUUUGACAUGGCUGGACACCCCAUUUUUUAUGAGGUCCGGAAUGAGUUUUAUAAAGACACACAAGGUGCAAUAUUGGUGUAUGACGUCAGCGACAAGGCCAGUUUCACGUCACUGGACUACUGGAUGGAGGAGCUGACCAAUGAGAUUGGAAACAAAUCCGAGCUGGACAGCAUUGUGGUCUGUGUCUGUGGAAACAAGACUGACCUAAAGAGGCAAGUGGAUGAAUCAGAAGGACAGCUGUGGGCGGACGCCAGGGGCUUUCAUUUCUUUGAGACAUCAGCUUUAACAGGGGAGGGAAUCAGUAAUUUAUUUCAGGUUUUGUUUGAAGGAGUGGUUAGGACGUGUGAGAACGGAGGCCGACGUGAGCCAACCACAACACAGCUGGGGUACACCAAGGAGCAGAUUGAGGCCAUACAGAGGUUGAAAAAUGCCAAGAAUGAUUACGAGAGGCUGGGUCUCAUCCAAGGGGCGACAAAGGAUGACGUCAACAGAGCCUACAGAAAACUGGCAGUUCUCCUCCACCCUGACAAGAGCGUUGCCCCCGGCAGCGAAGACGCCUUCAAGCUCCUGGUCUCAGCCCGGACUGCUCUGUUGAAAAGAUGCUGAUGUGCUCUCUUACUUCACAAUGAUGCUGCUGAUGUUCUCUUUCUUCACAGUGAUGUUGUGAGACCUGGGCUGCAUUGGUCAGGCUUUACUACUUGGCUGUCUUUUUAGAUUGGAAUCAGAUGACAUUAGAGUUUUCUUGGGGAUAAAGUGAUUGUGAUAUUACGCUACGCAGCCAGAUCAAUAUGUCGACCUGUCUGACACGUCUCUGCUUAUGUAUUUUA